GGAGGAGGUACGAGCGGGAGACAGUGAGGCACGAGCUUUUCCCUCUCCGCCGCCCCUCAGCCUCCCUCGCGCCCCUGCGCGCGGGCCUCGCCACAGCCCAUUGGCUGCGCCGCGAGAGCCGACGGCGGGGCCGUGAGGUGCCUGCUCUCUGUGCCCAUGGUGCCAGGGCAGAGGUGGCAGCUGGAUGGUGACAGAGACAGCAGUAAUGGGUGCCGGGACGGAGCCAUUGGAAGCGCGGUGUGACACAGCAGAAGGCAGGGUCUACCUGGACUACAAUGCCACCACCCCGCUGGCCCCUGAGGUGGCCCAGGCUGUGCAAGAUGCCAUGUGCCAGGCCUGGGGCAACCCCAGCAGCUCCCACCCUACAGGCAGGAAGGCAAAGGAGCUCAUUGGCAGCGCUCGGGAGAGCCUGGCUAGGAUGGUGGGAAGUCGACCAGAGGACAUUGUCUUUACCUCGGGCGGCACAGAGGCCAACAACAUGGUGAUCCGCACCGCCUGCAGGCAAUUCCAGGAGAGCCAGGCCAGGGAGGGAGGGAGCCAGGGGACACCACACAUCGUGACAUCGAGCGUGGAGCAUGACUCCAUCCGCCUGCCACUGGAGCAGCUGGUGAAGGAGAGCCUGGCAGAAACCACCUUUGUGCCAGUGUCCCCACAAAGUGGGAGGGCCGAGGUUGACGAGAUCCUCGCUGCCAUCCGGCCCACCACCUGCCUGGUUUCCAUCAUGCUGGCUAAUAAUGAGACCGGGAUCAUCAUGCCUGUUGCAGAGCUGAGCCAGCAAAUCUGUGCUCUCAAUCAGCGGAGAGUGGUGGAGGGGCUGCCCAGGAUCCUGGUGCACACGGAUGCAGCGCAGAUGAUUGGCAAGGGGCGCGUGGAUGUGCGGGAGCUGGGGGUGGACUAUCUCACCAUUGUGGGACACAAGUUCUAUGGCCCGCGGAUUGGUGCGCUGUAUGUGCGUGGCCCCGGCACCACCACCCCACUGCACCCCAUGCUCUUUGGAGGGGGGCAGGAGAGGAGUUUCCGGCCAGGCACCGAGAACACCCCGAUGAUUGCCGGCCUUGGCCAGGCUGCCGAGUUAGUGAGCAAGAACUGGGAGGCCUACGAGGCUCAUAUGCAGGAUGUUCGGGAUUACCUGGAGGCCAGGUUGGAGGCCACUUUUGGGAAGCAGAGGAUCCACUUCAACAGCCACUUUAUGGGCUCCAAGCGACUUUGUAACACGUCCAACUUCUCAGUCCUGGGUCCAGGCCUUCAAGGGCGGAGGGUGCUGUCUCGCUGUAAGGUGCUUCUCGCCAGCGUCGGGGCUGCCUGCCACUCUGAGAAAGGGGAUCGGCCCUCCUCGAUUCUGCUCAGCUGUGGGAUCCCCUACGACGUGGCACAGAAUGCCUUGCGGCUGAGCGUGGGCCGAGACACCACCCGGGCUGAUGUGGACCUGGUCAUGCAGGACCUCGUGCAGGCUGUGGCGCAGCUGGACCAGGACCAAGCGUCGUAGAGGCCAGGAGUUGCUCCCCCAGCUAUCACACAGCGCGCAGAGCUCCUGCUGCCAGCUCCACAUACUCCUAAAGGAAACAAAGCUGUCGGAACAGCCCGAACUGUGUGCCAGCACCCAAGGAAUCGCAUCUUUCCUGCGUGGCCCAGGCAGUCACUUUCAUCACUGACACAGGAGGACACAAGUGUCACAUGGAUUGGGAGCUUUGCUGCCUUGUCUGACUGAUGUUGGGGAACAUGGUCUCCCUGGGGUAUUCA